AUGUAUUCCUCCGAUAGCAGCGACGAGAAGAAGCUAUGGCAUGAGGCGGAAAGCCUUCGCCGCAUCGCCUUUUUCGGCAUUUGUAUCAGUACCGUUGCCACAUUGACUGCAAUCGUCGCUAUUCCCUCCCUGUACAACUACAUGCAGCAUGUGCAGUCAUCACUUCAAACAGAAGUCGAAUUCUGCAAGCACCGAACGAAUGGUCUUUUUGAUCAGUACGAGCGCAUGCAACGAAUUAAGGGAGUUCGAGGAGGAAUUGUCAAGCGUCAGGCUGGUUACGAUGCGCCAACUACCGGAUACACCGGCGGUGGUGGUGAUGCCGGCGUAGACGGCGGGUCAUCAGGAGGCACUUGCUGUAGCUGCAAAUCUGGUCUGGCUGGACCUCCCGGUCCACCUGGACUUGAUGGACAAGAUGGCAAAGACGGUCUUCCUGGAGCCAAUGGAGAGCCUGGUGCCGAUGCUGCUCCAGAUGCAGUACCCACUGCCGAUGACUUCUGCUUUGACUGUCCCGCAGGACCACCAGGACCUCCCGGAAAUCCAGGACCUAAGGGACCUAAUGGAAAUCCAGGAGCCGAUGGACAACCAGGACCAGAUGGCCAACCAGGGCAGCCAGGACCUCCCGGACCACAGGGACCACCCGGUCCCGAUGGACAACCAGGUCAACCAGGACAACAAGGUCCACCAGGAGUCGUUGAAGAAGUGCCAGUUCCUGACGGCCCAGCUGGACCUCCAGGACCACCCGGACCGCCAGGACCAGACGGACAACCUGGAGCACCUGGUCAACCCGGCCAAGACGGACCACAAGGACCUCCCGGAGACCCAGGACGCGACGGAGCCCCCGGAAAUCCCGGAGCACCCGGCGAACAAGGACCUCUCGGAGAAACUGGUGCCGGUGGCGGUUGCGAUCACUGCCCUCCACCUCGAACAGCUCCUGGAUAUUAG